GUCGCUGAUGUCGCCAUUGUCACCAAUGUCAUCCCUUAUCAGUUGCUUGUCCAAAAUUUGCCCAUAAAUUCAGCUUUUUUGAAGUGUAGACAAAAAAAUUUCAAAUUUUCUGUAACAAUAUUCAAAACUGACAUUCUUAUAGAGUUUAUAUUAAAAUCUUGGAACAUUUCAUUCGUUUAAUUUUAAGAUAUUGCGAUCUAAAUUUUUCCAUUGAUAAAAUACAGAAAACGCGCUCAUAUCUUUGUAAACAAACCGAACGUUAAAUCAAAUUUUUGAAUCACAAGUUGCGCGGCAUUCUUUUAUUUCUUCUUCUAAAACUUGACGAAAUUCGAGAAACAUUGAUAAUUCCCUUGAAAAUCUUCCCAAGUACUAUUCUUUAAUGUGUAAAUUUGAGUGUUCUAUUAUAAAAUUCGACCAUGAUACCACGUAGGAUAUUGAAACGAAAACAACUACCCUCCAUGUCCGUGAAGAAGGCUGGAGAUGUCUACAAAUCUAUGACUGUUCUUCAUGCAAAAAGAAAAUUUCGAUGCUACCAGGAAGCGUUCAAAUAUCUUCUGAACUUGGCUUACGAAAAUGCAGGCCAUAUCAGUUCAUUACAGCUGAAUAAUAGAGCUUUAGCUAAAGGAAUUCAGAAAGAAAAAGAAAAUACGGCGCUGCAGCUGAAAGAGAAACUUGCUACCGAAUCGUUAUAUUUCGACCUACUAAGAGAAUAUGGCAUACUCAAGACCAAAUUAUCAUCGUUUGAGAAAAAUUUAAACCAUAUUGACGAACGUGUGAAGACCUCAAUGAUACCAAAUCUGGUCCGAUUAUCAGAUGACAUCACGACUUUGAAACUAAAUUGCGAUGUUUUGAAAACAGUAGUGGGUAGUACGUAUGAACCUGAUACUACUACCAAAAUAUAUCCAAAGAAUAAUCAUGGUGAGAGAAAUCCUCGUAUCAUCUCUGAUGCUUGUGUCCCAUCACCGGUGAUGGAAGAAUUGGAAGAUGAGAUCAUACAGUUGACUGCUCGAAAAUGCAAAGGUGGACUUCGAAACGCGUUCAAUAAUUCUAGCAUUAGAGAUCGUCGAAUGAAUCGAAGUUUUACGUUUCCUACGAGUCUCGAAUCUAGUUUUACUGAACCAAGCUCCGUCGCAGAGAAGUCUGUUCCUCCUCCGGAAGUUGAAAGAAAUUCCAAUGUACCAUCAGAAGUUGAAAGAAACUCCCACGUACCAUCGGAAAUCGGCGGAAAUUCAGUUGCUUCAUCCGAUGUUGAAAGUUUGCAUGCCGUUCCUGAUUCGCCCACCAUCGUUACGUCGAGUCCUUGUCUUCCGGCUCCUUCGCCGAUUGUGGUACUGCGUAGAGUUCUCACACCGGUUAAUUCAUUGGAUUUGAAUGAUUCUGUACAUUCUACAACAGUGAUAUCGUAUAAAGAAAAAUCCCCUUCCAUUACCACUGAUGAAGAUAUUAGUCGCAUUUUACCUAGAAGCGAACGUAAACGAUCAACCCAUUCGAGUUAUUUUGGGCAGCACGAAGAAAGCGGUUGCAAUCGUUCCUUUCUAACUGAGCGUAAAAAAUCUAAAAGAUCGUAUUUCUUUAAAAAGAAUGACGAAAAUAAACAAAAUAAAAAAAGCGAAACUUUCAAAACUUCAAGCCUUAUUUUAAAUCAGAGCAAGAAUGGGGAUGAUGACCAUUUAAAUGAAAAUAUGCCACCAAGAAAAUCGAGAUCACGACGAAGAAGUUCGUUUCGUGAAAACGAAGCACCUCCUGAAAAUUAUUCUUUAAUAGGGGAGCGUAAAAAAUACAGGACCAGGAGCAGUUCAAGAAACAGUCUAGUCCAAUGCGACGAAGAAAAUUCUAACCAAAGUACGAUGAAAGCUGAUGUAAAGAAAUCCUUGUCAACGAAUACCACUUUUGGAAACGAAACAAGUUCUGAAAAUUCUUUUAAUGACAGUCGUAGACUUCGUUCCCGAUCAAAGAAUGUGUGUUAUAAAGAAAGACCUCUUAAUGUAAAGUUAAGGAAGAAUUGAAAAAAAUGUAUUUUGUAAUUUCAUGCUAUUAUUGUUAAACUUUAUUGUAUAAAUUAUUGUUAUUACAAUGUUGUAGUGUAAAUAAGUUUGUAAAAUAAGUGUUUUUUGUUUGUAUUGUAAUCUUCGUUGUAGAGCAGUUUGUGUAGUAAAUUAUUGUAAUAGUAUGAUUUUACGGAUUGUUAAAAAUCUCUUGAAUUGGUCUUGAUUUUUUUAAUCGGCUCUAACGAGGGUAAAUAUGAACGAGGAAUUAAAUAAGCUGGUAAAUUGGCCAAGUCUCCGAAUAUCUUGUAUUGAUCGCUGUAAUGAAAUUUAAAUUAUAUUAGAACGUUGAAUUUCAAAAUGCA